AUGGCAAUUACCGUUCAGUCUCGCUCGCGUGUCUUUCCAGACUCUCAUGUCCCUUCUUCCCAGCCCAAAGUCGAACCCUUAUCCAUCAUCGAUGCAAUUGUAUUGCAUUUCGCGAAAAGCGCCUGCGUUUGGUUCUACGAUGUAUCACAGGACACCGAUCGACUGAUGUCCAGUCUACGCAAGACUCUCAAUGCUUAUCCUCAAUGGGCGGGCCAGCUGCGCUUUGCUGAAUACGACCCCGAUGCUGGACACAUCUAUCGCUUAGGGCGAAUGGAGAUUUCUCAUGGAUCAGACUCUGAUCCAGGCGUCGAAUGCAUCCUCGCCGAAGCUGACUCUCCUAUGGCGUCCAUGGUUCCUGCCGAUAAGACCGAGAAACACUGGGAUCCUACGCAUGUCAAUUACGAAGAGUUUCUAGACAUGGAAACCGAAUACGCUCUUCACGACUCGAAAGAAUGCCAAGGUCUACCAUCCAUGAAAGUUCAAUUCACAACCUUCAGAGACGGCGGCAUAGCCAUCGCCGUCGGUAUAGUCCACUCUCUCGCAGACGCCGCCGCUCUACUCACCUUCAUGAAAGACUGGGCCGCUACGAACCUUGCCCUCUCGUCCUCAAAAUCUGUCCCAAAGCUACAACCUCUCUUCGACCCCUCCCUCAUCGACGCUGCUGCAGCCGGCAACAUCGACGCCAAGAGACCCGACCCGUACAUCCUCGAAGUCGCCGCCAGGUUACCCGUGCACCGCUUCGACCACUGGGCCUCUGCCGGUCCUUCAACCCCGGAAUGGGCGCUGUCAUUAACGAAAAUCCCACCGGAGCUCGCAUCUCAAUCUCAUGACAUCAAGCUCGGCAGACCCGUACCGUACCAUACCUGGGAUGCCACAGCCCCCUGUUCGCACACGACGUUCUUCUUCUCGGCCGCCGAAACGCACGCAAUCUAUCUCCACGCCGCUGCGCAUACUCAGACACGAAUAUCGCAUCAAGAUGCCCUGCUCGCCCACCUAUGGGCCGCCCUGAUUCGCGCCCGCGGGCUGAAGGAAGGGGACGAGCAUUUCCUUGACGUCAGCAUCGACGGGCGGCGACGCCUACAGAAGCCCUUGCCGCCUUCAUUCAUCGGCUCACCAAUCCUCAACGCUGGCGUCCGCACCGAAGCCGCAGCCACCGCUUCCCCUGCAGGCAGUGCGAAAGACGUAGCGGACAAAGCAGCCGCCAUUCGCAACACCAUCGCCGAAUUUGACGGGGAAGCUGUAGCAGCGCUGUUGCAUGAAAUGUGUUUUGAGCUGAGUGGGCAGAGGCGGUGGAACUGCUGUUUGGGCGAUUAUCAUACUAUCGUUACGAGUUGGGUGGGUAUUGGGGUGGGGGAGGUGGUUUUUGAGGAGGGGAAGAAGGUGAGGUGGGCGGAACCGCUGAUUCCGUCAUGUGAUGGGGUUGUGAUUGUGGGUGAGGGUGGGGUCGAAGGGGAUGGUGCAAAGGAAGGACAUGACGCAAAGAAAGAAUGGUGGAGCAAGGGGGUGAAUCUCAGCGUUUAUCUGAGGAGCGAUGUUAUGAGGAGGUUGAUGGAGGAUGAGGGAAUCAGAGCUUUUGCGGAGAAGGAGUGA